AUGUCAUCGCUUGUGCAGCUGGAGCCUUUAGUGAAUUCCACAACGAAAGCUUUUAUCAGCGUACUAACCGAGCGAUAUGUUGGCGAGACUGGUGGACUUAGAGUUUGCGACUUUGGCAAAUGGUUGCAAUUUUACGCGUUCGAUGUAAUCGGGGAGCUCACGUUCUCUAAACGUUUGGGAUUCCUUGAUAAAGGUGAAGACGUGGAUGGCAUUAUUGAACUGUUGGAGACAUCACUGGACUAUGCUUCGAUUGUCGGACAAAUUCCUAUCCUGGAUUAUCUCUUCAAAAAGAAUCCUGUGCGGCUCUGGGCAAGCAGGCGCGGACUCUUAAAUACCUCCGCACCGAUCGUCACCUUCGCCCUUAACAGACUCGAAGAGCGCCGUGAUGAGCUUGAGUCGAUGGCAACCGACAGGAAGUCCGGUGAGAGCAAUGCCUCGGAUUCAAGCCAGGGUGCCGACUUUCUCAUCCGUUAUUGGAAGGCCCAUCUGAAAGAUCCUGACUUUAUGACACAAGAAAGAGUACUGGCUGUCACUGUUGCCAACAUAGACGAGUUGCGUAUCGGCUACGAAAAUGGUACGCUCCAACCCGACGGCGCGUUGUUCAGCUGGAUGGAAGUGAAAGACCUUCCGUUCCUUGACGCUGUCAUUAAAGAAGGGCUACGGAUACAUCCUGCUGUUGGGCUGCCUUUAGAGCGCAUCGUGCCACCGCAAGGACAGCAGAUAUGUGGCAAAUUUAUUCCCGGUGGAACUACGGUCGGCUGUUCUGCAUGGACCUUGCAUCGAUCGAGCGUGUUUGGCGAAAAGCCCGAGGAGUUUCGUCCUCGCAGGUGGCUUGAUGCGUCGGCGGAUCAAUUGAAAGCUAUGGACAAGGCAUUCUUCAGCUUUGGUGCAGGAGCGAGAACUUGCAUCGGGAAGAAUAUCAGUCUACUCGAGAUGUAUAAACUGGUGCCCGCGCUGCUGACUACCUUCAAUUUCGACCUGGCGGACAAGGAGCAGCCAUGGACACUACGAAAUUCUUGGUUUGUGAAACAGAGCGAUUUUAACGUGUAUAUUCGAAAGAGAUAG